CCGGAGCAGCAGGUGACUCGGAGGCAGGACAGCGACCUCGGUGCACCUGGGCACGGUUGAGGGAGAAUAAGACUCUGCAGUGCAACGAAGGCUGAACCGCAGGCCGUGGGCCUCAUGGGGGCGAGUUCGUCCUCGAACAGAGAAGAUCCUGAGCCCCAACCUGGAGAUCUGAUUGAGAUUUUCUGCGGUGUUUACGAGCACUGGGCCGUGUAUGUGGGAGAUGGUUACGUGGUGCAUGUGACUGACGUCGGAGGUGGUGGGCGUUCAGGAGUGAAUUUAUCCGGGUCUGUGUUGGGCUUGAGUUCCCGAGCUAUGGUGAAGAAGGACCUGCUGUCUGAGGUGACUGCGGGACGCCGGUACAAGGUCAAUAACAAAUACGAUGAAGAGAUGGGGGCACGGCCUGCUGCGGAGAUCGUCCAAAGAGCCUUGACAAGUGUGGGGCAGGAGUGGAACUACAACCUCAUGCUUGAGAACCGCGAGCACUUCGCCACAUAUAUGCGCUACAGAAUUGCCCGCUCUCACCAGGUGUGUCCCCAUCCCCAGCACUGUCCCCACUGACUGUGCUUACAGAG